AGUGUGUCCUGCCUGCUGCGUUCGCCGCUCGUUCACCAACUAGUGAAACUGACGCACACUGGCACUGGGAGACUGGCACCAUGCCAUACUAACCUCUCAGUGGACAAUUAAACAGGAAGAGAGGAGGUACAGGCUCAUUCACACAGGCAAAGUCACUCAUUGGCAAAGUCAUUGGGAUUGUGACGAGACAGCCACACACAAGCUCUACGUAGAGACCCAGAGACCUCCUACAGAAAAUACCAUUACACGUGCAUACAGUACGCUGAAAUGGACCGGUUUGUUGGUCGGUGUGAAAGCCAAUGUGACCCUUGAAAAUAAAGAGAAAUUGUUAAGUCUUGGAAAGAUUGUAAGGAAAAAAACAGCUGAAUUGGAUAUUUCACUUGUCCAUAUUGAGUGACGUUUGCUGAGUUUUUCUCUUCAUAUUGAGUGUUCCCUGUGAAUUUCACAUCUUCAACAUUGAAACUUCAAUCAAAGGAGGUACUUCUGGGCGUGAGGAUGAACGGCAGCCAAUCAAACCUGUCCCUGAAGUGUGUGCGUGACACCAGCGUGACGGCGGUGGUCUUCCCCUGUCUCUACAGCGCCCUCUUCCUGUUUGCGCUGGUACUCAACUGCCUGGCUGCAUGGAUCUUCUUCAACAUCCGUAGCACCACCACCUUCGUGGUCUACCUGAAGAACGUAGUGGUGGCAGACCUGCUGAUGACCCUGUCCAUUCCGUUGAAGGUCCUCGCGGACGCCGACGUGGGCUCCUGGCGUCUGCGUGCGUUCUACUGCCGCUACUCCGCCGUCCUCUUCUACACCACCAUGUACAUCAGCAUCCUGCUCCUGGGGCUCAUCAGCCUGGACCGCUACCUCAAGAUAGUCAGGCCCUUUGGGAAGUGCGCCCUCCAGAGGGUCGGGGUGGGACAGGCCUUGAGUGCGGCCGUCUGGGCUGUGAUGGUUUCUCUGGCUCUGCCCAAUGCCAUUCUGAGUGACCGCACACCGCUGUUCUCUGGUGGCCGGCUGAAGUGUACCUCUCUAAAGGGUCAGGCCGGCAUGCUGUGGCACGAGGGCUUCAACUACUUCUGCCAAGUGGUGUUUUGGGGAACACUGGCUCUGAUGCUGCUGUGUUACACCUUCAUCAGUCGGAAAGUCUACGAGUCUUACAAAGCCUCGCGUAGUGGUUCCAAAGCGGCCAGCCGCAGGACCAAGGCCAAAGUCUUUGUGGUGGUGGGGGUGUUUUUCGUUUGUUUCGCCCCUUUUCAUUUCGCCAGGGUGCCCUACACUCUCACCCAGACCCGAAACAUAGACAACCACUGUCGGGCGCAAAACGCACUCUACGUUGCCAAGGAGACCACUCUCUGGCUGUCUGCCACAAACGUGUGUCUGGACCCGCUGAUCUAUGUGUUCCUGUGCAGGGUGUUCCGGAAAAGAUUGACUGCCACACUCAAACGCAAGCCCCUCCCCCAGGGCGGUUUGGAGUCGCCCACGGCAACCUCCACUCAGCUGGAGAUGUCUCAGAUAGUACAUAACAGAAUGUUGGAUGUCAGUUCGGCCUAGAAGCACAACGGACAUGUUUUUUUUUCCCAGCUCUAUUAAAUUGUAAAUAUAUUUCGGCAAGAUGUUAACCCCUGGACAGGUUGUGACCAGAGUAAAGCCAUCAAAUCAUUUCUGGAUAAGUGGCUCUGUUACUAAGACAGUGUUGCAGGUCUAAUAGGCUAUAUAAACAGCAGUGUUCCCACAUGACCUCUGUGAUAGCCCAUUGUGUGUGACGAGUAUUUAGAAACAAAAUGGCUGGUGUGACAUCAGAUAACUGCACCAGGGCUUUCUAAAUAUCAUCACCAGACACAAGAGUCAACCCAGGCUAAUGUGUCGGUCUCUAAUGAUCGCAAAGUCAUCCUGUCUUUUUUUUCUCAGCGUAAUUUACUGUCAGCUCUCACUUCCCUUUUCCUAAUCUUCUCCAAAAAUUACUUUCCUUCUUCUUAAUUUCACCAGAAAGGAAAACAACUUGACUGAGUGCUUUUAGAUAAUGUGAGUGUGACGAUGUAACAUACACGCUUACGAAAUGGUAUGUUGUUUGUGUGUGUAGUAUAGGGUGAUGCAGUCUUUACAUGUUGUUGGAAAGCAAGACAAAAGCACAGUUUCUCAGACAUCUCAUGCAAAUACACUACAUGUACAAAAAUAUGUGGACAGCCCUUCAAAUUAAUAGAUUAAGCUAUUUCAGCCACACCCGUUGCUGACAGCCAUGCAUUCUCCAUAGACAAACAUUGGCAGUGGGAUGGCCUUACUGAAGAGCU